UCCUUUCCCUUGGACCCCUCUUGUUGUUCGCCUCGAUGAUGGCGGUAGAGACGUUGCGGCUGAGGAAGGAGGGUUUGGGGCCGCCGGCGGCAGCCGCGGUGGCUGGAGGGGAAAAGGAGGCCCACUUCCGCGGUGUGAGGAAGCGGCCGUGGGGAAGGUUCGCGGCGGAGAUCCGAGACCCGUGGAAGAAGACGAGGAAGUGGCUGGGGACCUUCGACACCGCUGAGGAGGCGGCGCUGGCCUACGACGCGGCGGCGCGUACGCUCCGUGGGUCCAAGGCCAAGACCAACUUCGGGUACUCCGCCGCUGACGUCGAGAUCGUUCCCGCCGCCGUGCAGGAGCCGCAGAUCGGCUGGCUGUCGUCGUCGCCGUGGCGAUCGGGCUUCCGGGAACCUGCAACGGCGUUGAACGGGCGAGAUCUGUUCCUGGGGCAGCCGGGUUUGGCGGUGGAGAGCGGAUCCGAGUUCUCCGGGUACCGAUUCGAAGCGGUGAAGAUGGUGGUGAAGGGCGAGCAGGAGAGGAGGGGGACGGUGGCGGAGGGUAAGAAGAAGCCGCCCUUCUGCUUCGAUCUCAACCUACCCCCUCCGUUCGUGUGACGGAGAUCGAUCGCCUCGGAUCCAUGUCCGGCGGUUUUUUUUGUCCUGUAGUAUUUACCUGUCCUCGCCUUCUUCGGUUCCCUCUCUCUUGUGACAUAUCCCGACAUCUAUUAUGCCCUUUCCUCGCUGCGACUGAA